ACACACGUAUAAACCUUUUCCUCAGUGUAUUGGUAUAACAGCUGUUGCGUUGCCAGCUGUCUGCAGUGAUUGGCAGCGCUGCCAGAUCGAGUCCACCCGUUCGCUUGAGCAUAUUGAAUUUUUCACAUUCAUAAAUAUGGAGAGCAACAAGUUUGACAAAUUGCGGCAGCAAUUUCUAUGUUGCUAUCCCGUUAAUAAGAUGGCCUGGUCGACGUUGCAUCUGCCGCUGGAACUGGAUGAGCAACGUGCUUUGAUCGCUGCGACCUGUGGGCAUCCGCUUAAUCAACGGUUUCCGGUGCGCCGCAGUUACCAAGAGGCGUUCGUCAAGCGUCUGAUGCAUGUGCUCAAGGAUCACGAUGAGCUGCACGACGACAUCUACGACAGCCUAUGCGGCCAGCUGGCGAAAACCUCAUUGGAUGCAGCGCCAGCCACGUCUACAUAUGCCUAUAAACAUUAUAUGCUGCAGUCGGAGGAGCACAUCACGCUGCGCGAGUCCAAUAGCUUUGUCAGCGAGGGCACCACUGGCCUCUGCACUUGGGAGGCGGCCUUGGCACUGGCCGACUAUCUGCUCGAGCAUCCCAAUCAGCUGCAGGGCAAAAAUGUGCUGGAACUAGGAGCGGGCACUGGCUUGCUUGGUAUACUACUCAAGCACAAGGCGCUGAAGCUUCCCGUGGGACAGGUGCUCGUCACAGAUGGCAGCAACGCCUGCGUUAAGUUAAUGCAUGAUAAUAUUUCCUUAAACUUUGAUGAUGCCAGCGAAGAGGCAACGCCACAAUGUGCGCAGCUGCGUUGGCAUGAGAUCAAAGAGUUUCCCUGGUCAAAAUAUGCAGCGCCUGAUCUCCUACUGGCCGCCGAUGUUAUCUACGAUGAUACUCAGUUCUCGUCGCUGCUAGCAGCCCUUGACUUUGUCUAUGAGCUGCGCGGCAAUCGAUGCGAAAUGCUGUUGGCCAGCACGGUGCGCAAUGUGGAUACCCUGCACACGUUUAUGGAGCAGCUAGAGCUACAUGAAUAUCAGGUAACGCCCUGUGCCAAUGUCUCGGCCUGUGCCAGUCAUUUUUGUCGGGAUCACACAGCUGCCGUACAAAUCGUGUGCAUUAAACGUUAAAACUAGUUU